ACUCACUUUAUGUUCCACAAAGUGCUGACAGGAGAAGUUCUGUCAUUCGACGAAAAUUAGUUUAUUUGUAUGUACAUAUAAUUUUAGCUUCAACAAAAUUUACGCCCAGAAAUGAACGCACCAAUUGUCUGGAUAAUGGGCGGCCCGAACAGCGGCAAGGACGUCCAGGUUCAAAAAAUUGUAGAGAAGUAUGGCUUUACGCAUAUCGAUCCUAACGCCAUGGUGGACAAAGAGAUUGAGGCUAAGAGUGCAGAUGGCAAAAAGUUCGAGGCAAUCCGUAAGGAUGGCAAGGAAGUACCCUUGGCCGAUAUAGUGCCGCUGGUGGAGAAGCAAAUUAUGAGCCAACGGGGCGGGAUCAAUGGAUUUUUAAUCGAUGGAUAUCCGCGCAACGAGGCCGAAGCCAAGGUACUGGAAGAUAGUCUUGGCAAGCCUACCAUGAUCAUUGCGUUGGAUGUCCAAGGAGACACAAAUAAAAAAGAGCCCAAGGCAGUGCUACAAAAAUAUUCCAACAUAACGAUGCAACUCAAUGCCGAACGUGAUGCCAAUGAAGUGUUCGAGGACCUAGUUCCCAAUAUGGAGACACUGGUGAAGAACCGAGGGCCCCAAAUCUCAAUCGGACGCUAGAUCUUGAAAAUUGAAGUUGCUUGAACAUCCACACAACAUAGCCAUAGACAUUCAAUUCAAAUCGAAACAAAUACAACUUUAGCUCAAUAGACCA